AAUAUAAAAUAAAUUUUUCUACUCUAUGUCAAGAACUUUGUGAAGUAGGAUUAAAAGAAUAUGAUAAACGUUUAGAUGAAUAAAUCUUUAUAAUAUUGGUGUAAAUGAAGGAAAAAAUAUUUCACAGAAUCAAGGAAGGAUGAUUGUAAAUGAAGUUUUGCAAACUAAAGCUGUCACAUUAGUAAAUAUUAAACAAUUAUUAAAAAAAUUAGUUGAAGAUAUAGAUGCUGCUACAUUAGAAGAUAUAACUCAAAAGGCACAACAACUUUCUCAAGAAUUUAAUAAUAUAGUAACUGAAACAUGGACAAAAUUAAUGACUAUUGAAGUUGAUCUGCAUGAGCAAAUGCAGGAUAUAAAUGAAAUAUUCAGAAUUAAUAUUUCUGAUAUGAUAGAAUCUUUCUUAACAAUUGCACGAGGAUAUUUUUCACAAUUACGUAAUUGUGAAGCAGAAUAUAAUGACACUAUUAAUGGGUUAAUUUUAUAUUAUCUUAGUGGUUUUGGAGAGGAUCAAAAACUACCUCGUCAUUUAUUAAAUUUAUGUGAAGAUAAAGAUAUGUUAAAUUAUAAUCUUAAUAAUUCUCAUGAAAGACAUUUACAGGUAAUAGAUGCUCGAGAAGAUAGCAUGGUAAAUCGAUUAAGAAAUUGGCUUAAAGAAUAUAAUGAAGAAUUAUCAAGGCAAGAAAUUGAAAGAAAUAAUCAACAAGCAUUAGAAAUAGCACACUUUGCAGACUCUCAACAAGAAGAAUUUUUAUAUCUCUUACAGCAAUUAAAUAUUAGUGAUCCAGAAGUUAUAUUAGCACUUGAAACUAUUUAAAAUUUAAUAGAAUAUUUCUUAAAUAAUUCAUAAAAAUAAGUAUUUAAAA